AAAUGGUGUUGUGAGAGGAGAAAACAGUCCAAAGCAUCACGGGCUGCAGCCAAAGACCUAAACAAUUUGUGGGUUUUUUUGCAACGAGAUUUAUAUUUAAGAUGUCAUUUGGGUCACAAAACAGCGGCCGCCGGAGUAAAUGGGAUCAGCCCGGGCCUGUUUCUGGGGGUCCUGGUUCUGGGAGUUGUGGGUCUGGGGGUUCGGGGGAGAGUGAGGCGGCCCCGUCCGGAGCUCUGGAUGCGGCUGCUGCUGUGGCUGCAAAGAUCAACGCCAUGCUGGUGGCAAAGGGCAAGCUAAAGCCUUCACAGAUCAAUACUCCAGGACCGCCCGAUAAGAUUCUGGGUGUUGCAAAACCUCCGUUGCUUUCCAAAGCCAAAGAUGACCUGGUUGUUGCCGAAGUGGAGAUUAAUGAUGUGCCAAUCACCUGUAGAAAUCUGCUGACUCGUGGACAAACACAAGACGAGAUUAGUAAAGUCAGUGGUGCUGCAGUUUCAACUCGGGGGCGGUAUAUGACGACUGAAGAGAAAUCAAAAGGGCUUCCAGGAGACCGACCUCUGUAUCUACAUGUUCAAGCUCAGACGCGAGAGCUAGUAGACCGGGCUGUGAACAGAAUCAAAGAGAUUAUCACAAAUGGUGUGGUUAAAGCUGCCACUGCUCCAUCAGCUCCGUCUUUUUCUCAAAGUGGAGCCACAGUCACAGUGUACCACCAGCCCAGUCCUCCCUCUAUGGCCCCCAUCACUCAUCACAAGCCAAACCCACAGACUGGACUGCAUUUUGUUCAGGAUAAGUUAUUUGUGGGUCUGGAUCAGGCCAUCCCGGGGUUUGUGGUUAAAGAGCGUGUGGAGGGUCCUGGCUGCUCGUACCUGCAGCACAUUCAGGCUGAAACUGGAGCUAAAGUUUUUCUCAGAGGAAAAGGCUCAGGGUGUUUAGAGCCUGCAUCCGGACGAGAGGCGUUUGAACCCAUGUACAUCUAUAUCAGUCAUUCUAAACCUGAGGGACUUGCAGCAGCCAAAACUCUUUGUGAGAAUCUACUCCAGACAGUUCAUGCAGAAUAUUCCCGCUUUCUUAGCCAAAUGAACACCAUGAUGCCAGCCCAAGGUUUCACCCCUCCGUCAAUAGUGAAUGGGAUUCCUCCACAGCCUCCUUACUACCCUCCUGCCGGGUAUCCUCCAGGCUACCCUGUCCCUGUAGCGGCCCCUGCACCUGCCCCCCAGCCCCAACCCCAGCCUCAGCCUGUGCCCCCCCUAUACACAGUGCCCCCUCACAUCAACCCCGCUCCAGCUGUAACCCCCCCAUACCCCACUGCUCCUGCUCACAUCCCAGUGCCCACCUCUGUUUCUGCUCCCCUCCAACCCCCAGGAACUAUACCUCAGACUCUUCCCUCUGUAACUUUUCCACCAACAGCCCCAGUGACCCCCAAACCCAUGGCCUCCUCCGCCCCAGCCAACCCACCACAGAAACGGCGCUUCACUGAAGAGGUGCCGGACGAGAGGGACAGUGGACUCCUUGGAUAUCAGGUGCAGGCUUCUCAGUGGGCACCCCAGAGACGCCAGGACCCCCACCUCCGAGUUCCUCCGGCCCAUCGAGUGAGAGGGACAGUCGGCAGCUGAUGCCUCCUCCGCUGUUGCCUAUGAAUGUGGUUAGACCCAGGAUGGAGGAACGAACAGCACCCCAAGGCCCAAUGGGUAAGGUGUCAUUCUGAAGUUGUACAUAAAACAGUUUAUUAAACUGAUGCUCCUGAUCUAGGUUGAUGCUCUCAAUCUGUGCUCUCAAAACAGUUUUACCAUGGGUAUUUAUUAUAAGGCCCUUAUUACAUUUUUCUUCUCCAUUUUUGUGAAUCCAGGACACAAACUGUUUUUUACAUUUUUUAUGAUUCUUCCAGGACUCUACUGCUGCUACGACUAGAAACUCCAGAUAGUGAGAUGGACGUUUUUGGCUGCGUUCACACUUUUGCACUCACUUUACGUCAAAAUUGGACUAAACUGGGGCAAAUCCCAGGACUAAACCUGCCCUAGACCAGGACUAAAACUGGACUAGAAUGGGAUCAAAUAAAGUCUACAUCAGGACUAAUCCUGGAUGACACCAGGACAAGUGUGAACGCAGCCUCCAUUUUAGCUCAGCUGAAAAGAUUUACUUUUUUUUUUGGCUCAUAGGUUUAUUAGACAGGACAGUGAGCUGCGUCAAAUGGGAGUGAAGAGUGGGGAGAGACAUUCAGCAAACUUGUGGAGCCGGAAAUAUCUUAAAGUUAAGGCUGGGCACAGAGCCUAGCCUAGAUUUUGUGUUCCAAUGUGUCUCCCUUUCAAAUGUCACUUUUAAUCUUGUUUUAAUUCCUGACUAAUAAAAACUUCUCCUGUUUUUGUGUUUUCUCUUUCUCUGUGUUCUCUUCUCUUUCAUGUUUCUCUGCGCGAUUCGGGAUGCUGCCAUUGGGGGGCGCCAUCCUCUGACUUUGUCCUGCCAUCCUUUUGAUGUCCCACCAACCUGCCUUUUGACUGGGCCCCUCCAUGCUAACUACAAAUUUUAAAACUAUUAACAAUUUGAUUCUCCCUUCUCUGUGUGUUGUGCAUUAAUGUUAUUUUUGCAUUGUUUUGGUAUUGUAUUGUGCUUCUUUCCUUGUGUCUCCCUCUUUCUCUCUUCUUUGGUCUUUGUUUUUCUAGAGCCGACAGUAAAAAGAAUGCGUACAGGUUUGGUAGCAUAUACAGGUGACUCAUCUGAUGAAGAGGAGGACCACUCUAACUCCAAAACCUCUGUUCCCGGGACAUUUGGGGGAGCACCUUCCACCUCUAACUCACCCGGGCUG